UUAAGUGUAAACACGGAAGUAAACCGCUACCUCACCGUAGAGUUAGCGAGGUAGCUUAGCCUUUUAGCUUAGCUUCGUGGAAUGGCAGGUAGAGUAGAGAGGACGUUUAAGUUUGUGAUCGUGGGAGGCGGUAUCGCCGGCGUGACAUGCGUUGAGCAGCUGUCCUCCCAGAUCCCGUCAGCUGAGGUGGCUCUGAUCACAGCAGGUCCCCACAUCAAGGCAGUGACCAACUAUAAACAGGUGUCAAAGACGCUGGAGGAGUUUGACGUAGAGGAGCGACCGUCCAGUGUUUUGGAGGAGAAAUUCCCCAACCUGACUGUCAUCCACUCUGCUGUCCAAUCCCUUGACACACAGUCACAUUCAUUGGAAACUACAGAUGGCCGCCUGUUUGGUUAUGAGAAGCUGUGUAUCUGCAGCGGGGGCAGACCGAAGCUCCUAACCGAGGAAAAUCCUUACGUGCUGGGGAUACGGGACACAGACAGUGCCCAGGAGUUUCAAAAGCGGUUAUCCAAAGCAAAGAGAAUCAUCGUGGUUGGAAAUGGUGGGAUCGCCUUGGAGUUAGUGUAUGAGGUGGAAGGCUGCGAGGUCAUCUGGGCCGUGAAGGACAAGGCCAUAGGAAAUACAUUCUUUGACGCGGGGGCGGCCCAGUUCCUCAUCCCAUCACUGGAGGCGGACAAACCGGAGAGUGCCGCUCCCUGUAAGAGGCAUCGCUACACCACAGAGGAACCAGCGGCCGGGGCAUCACAGACCUUCACUGCAGAUAGAAAUUCGCAACAACAUGGUGCUGGUCCCACAGAGACUGGUAGUGCCCUCGGUCCAGACUGGCAUGAAGGAAUAAAUCUCAGAGGAGCACAACAGGUGUCCCGCAGAGUUUCCGUGGAAUACCAGUGUGAGGUGGAAAAGAUCUUCACCUCCGAGGAGCUGCCCGAUUCCCAACAGCAAACGCUCGGACCCGAGAAUGCGGGAUCCUGGCCCGUUUACAUCCGGCUGACCAAUGGCAAGACGUUUGGCUGUGAUUUUGUCAUCAGUGCCACCGGCGUUGUGCCAAACACGGAGCCAUUUCUCCUCGGUAACAAUUUUGCACUCGCAGACGACGCUGGGCUGCAGGUAGACGAGCACAUGAUGACAUCCGAGCCAGACGUCUAUGCCGCAGGAGAUGUGUGCACAGCGUGCUGGGAACACGGCCCCCUGUGGCAGCAGAUGCGUUUGUGGACCCAGGCCCGUCAGAUGGGCUGGUAUGCAGGCCAUUGCAUGGCGGCGCGCGUCCUGUCAGAAACAAUAGAGCUGGAUUUCUGCUUCGAGCUCUUCUCUCAUAUUACAAAAUUCUUCAACUACAAGGUGGUCCUGCUGGGGAAGUUUAAUGGGCAGGGGCUGGGGCCCGACCACGAGCUGCUGUUGCGCUGCACCAAAGGCCUGGAGUACGUGAAGGUCGUUCUCAGCGCUGGCAGGAUGGUGGGAGCGGUGCUGAUCGGAGAAACGGACCUAGAGGAGACCUUCGAGAACUUGAUCCUCAACCGGAUGGAUCUGACGCCGUAUGGAGAGGAGCUGCUGAACCCUGACAUCGACAUCGAGGACUACUUUGACUGAACUAACUUUGGACAUUAUUGAGCACUGGUGAAGAAAUCCUGCCUGAGGGAUGUGUAAAGGCAUUGGGAGGAGUUCAGCAUUCUGUCAUGUCACAGCUAAUGGUUGUUUGUUUGCCAAUGAGAAGAAGAUAAGGAGAUUUUAUCUUGGUUCUUACUUAUUCACCUGUACAUUUAAUAAUAUAGUUUUGCCUUAAAUUAAAUUAUUUUUUUUAAAAACUGGCAUACAAAAGGUAGUACUUGAGUGAUAUAUUUAGAAAAGGCUUUUUCACACAUGAAUGCAAAUCUGUCACUUCAUUUUUUUUUUUUGAAAAGCAGCUAGAGAUAUGAGACACUGUCGGAGGUGUGGGUGAACUGAAAUACAAUAAGACACUGGCAAAGUGACCCACUGUUUUGAUAGGAAAACACAUUUUGUCUAUACAGAAGAAUGGGAUCUGGUCAGCGAUACUUGCUUGUAGGAAAAAGGAAAAUCCUUAUGUUGCUCUGUUGUCUUAGUGACUCUUGGAUCAAAUUUCAACCCGAACAGCACAUACAGGCUUACAACAAUAGACAUUGUCAAGCUAACAUAAUGCUGUCUAUUUAAUCCGAGGACAUGUUGCCCUUUGGGAUGUUGCUAUUUGAAAAUCCACCAUUGUGAGGACAAGAAACAUUAGAAGUGGAAACGGAUAUCUACACAAGAUUUUUAAUGACUAACGGGAGUCAACCUCUCAUUUGUACUCGUGGGUUUUAUAGAUAUGUUUUUUUUGGGGGGGGGGGGGGGCAGUAGCCCACUGACAGGAGCCUGCCCACGUUGAUUUGGCUGCUCAUAUCGUCUUAUAAAGGUUGACAUGGCACCUUGUGUUUUUACUCGCUGAGCCUUAUGCGAAAUGAACAAAGUCAACAACGUCGCCCCCGUAAUAGGGAGGGGAAAAUGGGGACAUGCUCCACUUCUUUAGCGUCAUUUACAACUGUGGAAACAAUAUGAGAUGGAGGGCAAUACAUUUUUAUUUUUUUUUUUAAGAUGCUUUCUCCCUUCAGAGCUGCUGAUACGGUCCCCAUGUGCAAGAUGAUACCCUCCAUUCAGCGAGAAACGUCUGGCUGACUUGACUGCACUGGACAGAGCUCCACGGUGUCAAGUACGUGUCCCUGUGCGGGUUGAGAUCAGGGCAUUGUUUAUCGGGUGAGUCAGCGCGGGACAAACCUUCACACUUGUCAAGAUAAAAUUUGUGGAAGCUGCUAGAAUAGAAGGCGGGACAAUUGGUGCAAUGAGAUCCCAUGCACUCUUUUUUUUUGUGUUCGCAAGCUGGCACGAAUUGUAGGCCGCUGUGCCACGUAUGAGGCACACUACUGUCAAAAUGUACUGCAGUGAAGAUGUCAAGGCGUGACCAUUUGAUACAAAGUGUUUGCGUGAGAGAGAGAAAUUGGAACAUGGGCGUCAAU